AAAAUCUAGUACAUGUAUUAAAUACUUCAACUGAACAUUAAAAUACGCAACACGGUAAAUCGGAGAAGAUGAAUGCUUUACUAGAAAUUAUAUAUAGUGGACUGGCAUUUGUUUGUAUAGCAGUUGGUCUAGAAAAUCUAGCUCAAAACCCAGUGUAUAUGGGAGCAGCUUCUCAAAGUUUAGUUCACAAAAACAACUGGGCGGCAGCAGAUAAAGCAGUAGAUGGACACACUCUAGAGGAAGAUGGAAAAGAUUACUGUAGCUUCACGCGUUCUAACAAAUCAAAGACUGCAUGGUGGAAAUUACCUUUGCUUCAAAAGUCCAGUGUCGCUUACUUGCUACUUUUCCUCAGACAAACAACCAUAAAUCGGCAUACUGGUUUCAGUGUGUUUGUAUUUAAUGAGCCAUCGUAUAUACCGCCAUUUACUGGUGGGUAUAGAGUGUUCCAGCAGGAUCCAUCGUCCUGUCCAAACCAUGUGAUGAAUGUCACUGUCAACAGAGUGAUUAAAGGAAUAGCACUAUAUAAUUCCAAGACCCCUCCACUCGUUACAGGCUGUGCAGGAUAUGAACCUUCGUAUGCUACUAUUGAAAUAUGUGAAGUAAUGGUCAUGGGUUGUGUAGAUUAUAAAUAUGGACCAAGCUGUGCAUUCGACUGUGGCCACUGUAAGGACGGUAAACCAUGCUCCAAGACAAAUGGAACGUGUUUUGAUGGGUGUGAGGCAGGCUGGACGGGAAUAUUAUGUUUGAAAAUUUCAUCGUCCGCUGGUGAUGCAGGUGAGGACAAAUAAAAGACAAUUUUUAAAAAUCGUCUGAUUCAUUCUCAUAGCACUUAAUAUUCAAUAUCAUGUU